CUAAUUCAGAACAUCAGUGCAGUGGAUCAAGAUGAUUCAAUAGAAGGUCAUCAUUUUUCCUUCUCCUUGGCUCAGGAGGCCACAAACAAUUCACAUUUUACUGUCAAAGAUAAUCAAGAUAACACUGCUGGAAUUUUCACAGCAAAAAAUGGCUUCAGUAGACAAGAGCAGCUUUCUUUCUACUUGCCAAUCUUAAUUCUGGAUAAUGGAACCCCACCACUUACAAGCACAAACACUCUAACUAUCACUGUCUGUGACUGUGACAUUCAAGUUAACAUCUUCUUUUGUCGAUAUGGAGCUUUCAUGUAUUCCAUGGGUCUGAGUACAGAAGCUUUAGUUGCUGUUUUGGCUUGCGUGCUAAUUCUCCUAGUUUUCAUUUUGGCCAUUGUAGCCAUAAGGCAGCAGCAGCAGAAGUCUCUGUUUUCGGAAAAAAUGGAAGAAUUCAGAGAGAACAUUGUCAGGUAUGAUGAUGAAGGAGGUGGAGAGGAGGACACAGAAGCUUUUGAUAUUUCAGCACUGAGGACCCGCACUGUCAUGAGAACGCACAAACCUCGAAAGAACAUCACCACAGACAUCCACAGCCUCUACAGACAGUCUCUGCAGUAUGCCGCUCCCUCGCACGUCCUGAAAGUUUGAGGCAGGCUGCCUACUCUCUGGGAUUGAAAAAUGAGCACAGCAUCUUUAUGUGACCGGCUUAGACCUGAUAGAUGUUCUGCAACGAAGGACUCCUGGGGAUAAGUCUCCUUCACGUUACUUAGAACUCUAAUCCACCGAGGAACCACCUGCAAAGCUUCAUCUGCUUUCCUCACCCUGAUAGGGAUGCAAGGAUUUUGCUUUGUCUUCAUACCUUCACAUAUAGCUGCGAUCAUUUUUAGCAAUUGAACAAAUAUUUUUCUCUGACAAUAGUAUCUGGCAUCCUUGAGUGAUUAGUAUUGCUUUAUUGUAUUCUACUAACAGCUAAAGGUUUCACAGUCAUCUCCUCAUGGAGGUAGCUAUUUUACAAUCAUAAAUUUCAGGAAAUGCAGAGAAAGAGACAUGAAAUCAGGGCCAAGAGAGGUCAAAUGAUUCAUGUAGCCGGCGUGCUCCCGAUCUGGAAACAAGAUGUAGGUCGUGAAAUAUUCAGUCCACUGCUCAGCUCCCUGGGCUACAUGUUUUAGCAUGUUUAAAUUUGCAGCUCUGCUUGUGCUUCCUUGAUGUAUCUGAAUAGUCAUUUUAAAUAAAAAUGCCAUGUUCACCUAA